AUGGAUACCCUGGAAAAAGGAAAAAAUCCAGCGUCAUCGGGAAGAACCAUUUCGUUGGUUUCCAGUUGUGCGCGGCGCAAGAUUUCCAUGCGGCGCAAGGCCUGUUACUAUCACUUAUCCGCGGGGAAGUUCAUGGACUGGGUUCGCUGUUGGCCAGAAGUGAUGUUGUUUGAUUCAUUCAGCGUGAUUUUUUUGAAGUUGUCAUUUUUUUGUUAUGAUCGGAGAACCGACUUUGGUGUAGAUGCAAACAGGAGCCUACUCCAAACCAAAGACUCACCAGAAAGAUUCUUGAAGAGUCACUUUGGACGACAAACGCUAACUAUCACGUUCAUCAACCGUCGAACAAAGUGA